UCGCGCGAGGCGGCGGGGCGGGCGCGCGCAGGCGCGGGGCGGGGCGGGCGCGCGGCGCUGAUGCAAGAGCCGAGCACGGACUGACCCCGCGGCACCGAGCGACCCUGACCGCGGCCCGCGGCCCCGCCGCAGACAUGUCCGGCGACGAGAUGAUUUUCGAUCCUACUAUGAGCAAGAAGAAGAAGAAAAAGAAGAAGCCCUUCAUGCUGGAUGAGGAAGGAGGAGGAGGAGACCCACAAGCAGAAGAGACUCAGCAAUCAGAAACAAAGGAAGUUGAACCAGAGCCAACAGAAGACAAAGAUGUUGAAGCAGAUGAAGAAGACAGCAGGAAGAAAGAUACAACAGAUGACUUGGAUGACUUAAACUUCUUCAAUCAAAAGAAAAAGAAGAAAAAAACAAAAAAGAUAUUUGAUAUAGAUGAAGCAGAAGAAGGUGUAAAGGAAUUGAAAAUUGAAGGGGAUGUGCCAGAGACAGUGGAACCUGAAGAUGACCUUGAUAUUAUGCUGGGCAAUAAAAAGAAGAAAAAGAAGAACGUGAAGUUUCCAGAUGAAGAUGAGAUAAUGGAGAAGGAUGAAGCAUUUGAAGAUGAAGAUAGCAAAAAAGAUGAUGGAAUUUCUUUUAGUCUUCAGUCAGGACCUGCGUGGGCAGGCUCAGAAAGGGACUACACAUAUGAUGAGCUGCUCAAUAGAGUUUUUAACAUCAUGAGGGAGAAGAACCCGGACAUGGUGGCUGGAGAGAAGCGGAAAUUUGUCAUGAAGCCCCCGCAGGUUGUCAGAGUAGGGACCAAGAAAACAUCUUUUGUCAACUUCACAGAUAUCUGCAAAUUAUUACAUCGUCAGCCAAAACAUCUCCUGGCGUUUUUGUUGGCAGAAUUGGGUACAAGUGGUUCAAUAGAUGGUAACAACCAACUGGUAAUCAAAGGAAGAUUCCAGCAAAAACAGAUAGAAAAUGUCUUGAGAAGAUAUAUCAAGGAGUACGUGACGUGCCACACGUGCCGCUCCCCCGACACCAUCCUGCAGAAGGACACGCGCCUCUACUUCCUGCAGUGCGAGACCUGCCACUCGCGCUGCUCCGUGGCCAGCAUCAAAACCGGCUUCCAGGCCGUCACUGGCAAGAGAGCCCAGCUCCGUGCCAAGGCCAACUAGGCUGCACCUGCAGCUCUCCUGGGGACAUGGGACUGGACAGCUUUGCAAUCCCAGCCGGUUGUACCGUUGUAUUAAAGCCAGGUUGUAAAAACCACAAGAGAUUUGGCUUCUUGAUUGAUUGGUCUGUGAAAUCCUUGCAAGAUGCAGAUCCUCAAGCUGUUCACGUGCAUUUGCUCAUUGAAUAUAUUUUACCAACUGUAAGGAGCGUGGUGGGAAAGGAGGUGCUUUUUAAUCCGUUCAGACUUCUGUAAAACACGAGAUAAAUUAAAGAUACUAUAACAGUGA